AUGGCACGCCGUCAUGAUGAUGUCACGGACAAAUCUACACGACACGACUAUGAUUGUGCAGGAGCACUUCGGAAGCCUCCGAAACCUUACAUGGUGCAUGAGGCGUCGCUGACGCCAGAGACAACCACCCCUACAACUCCUCAACAGGGCACUCAGCAGCAGCGGCGGUCCGAGCUGCGCGUCGAGCUGUGCUCCAGAGACCUCUGGCGGAGGUUCCACGCACUCGGCACCGAGAUGAUCAUCACCAAGGCGGGCAGGCGCAUGUUCCCCACGGUGAAGGUGCGACUCGGCGGGCUGGACCCUGGCGCCACCUACAUCGUCUUCCUGGACAUCGUGCCACUGGACGACAAGCGCUACCGCUACGUCUACCACAGCUCGCAGUGGAUGGUGGCGGGCUCCGGGGACCCCCCGCUGGCGCACAACAUGUACGUGCACCCCGACUCGCCGGCCACGGGCCAGCUCUGGAUGGCGCAAGGUGUCGUCGCCUUCGACAAGCUCAAGCUCACCAACAACCGCCGGCCGCUCGUCCGAGGGCAGGUUUCCUUGCACUCAAUGCAUAAAUACCUGCCGAGAGUGCACAUAUUGGAGACGACAGACCUAGAGACUCCAGCAGAGCAGCAGGCAAGUGUGGAACGAGCUCUGACAUACACAUUUCCUGAGACGGCCUUCACAACAGUCACCGCAUAUCAAAACCAACAGAUCACACGUCUGAAGAUCGCAAGUAACCCUUUUGCUAAAGGAUUCCGGGAGGCAUCGAGAACACGGGAUGGAAGUGAAGAUACACGCCAGCUGUGCCGGCCACUCAGUGGUCCUGGAGCAGUCUUACCAACACUGCGACCUGAAAUGUUUUCAUUUGCGCACACCACUACAAACCCAGCAAUGUUCUCUGUGGACCCCUACUGUAAUGCAGCUGUGACUCCACUCCUCCACCGAGGAUUCUACCCUCUGACUGCACCAGUGCGGUUUGUUGUUCCUCCCCAGCUUGGGCUAGCAGUCACUGGUUCCACUCCUCAUGCACUUUGUGUGACUCCUGAUACUGAUUCGUCUGCUAGAAUGUAUGGCAUGACAGGUGAGGAGGCUGACCAGAUAAGCAGACAAAAGGAAUCCAAAGAGGAAGUAAUUCUUAUGGACACGGGUAAGAAGACAUCUAUUGACAGCACCCAUCAAGUCACUCACACUCGUGACAGUGCAAGCUUCCUCAGGACUGUACCUCUUGAUUUAUCAAAGCUGAAACAUCAGUUUUGAAGUUUUAUUUAAACUGAUAUGAGAAAAUAUUUAUUUUAUAUACCAAAAUACUAAUUUUCAAAACCAAAGAAUAUUAAAUUAUUUUAAGAGAAAUGUGCAU